AGGGUAAAAAAAUUUAGUUAACACACAAAUAUCUUAUCUCAAAACUAACUCGUAACUUAUUACUCGUGAUUAUUUAAACCAAAAACUGAACAGUCACUUUUAGUGCUAAGUGCGUGGCCAGAACUCCUGUGUGUGUUAUCGUAUCUUUUUAAAAAAGUAACUUAACAUUCCAGAGACAAAGAUACUCUUACCCAUCCUAUUCGUCCUAUUCCAGUACGUUCAUGAUGAUACUUUUUUUCUUCUUAAGAGUGUCAUAUCAAGUCAUCUUGACGUUGGCGAUAACUUUAAAGAGAGCUGUUUUGUAGCUGUAUGACUUGUCCAAGAGACUGCUUUUGGAUUUUAAGUAACAUACUUUUUAAACUUCUCGUUACAACGAUAUUCUAGGAAGCAAUCACUAGAGUUUUUUUUCAUUCUCUGAUUUUCGAUAAAAUUUAUAUAUAAAGAAUUGAAUCUGGUAACAUAGAGAUAAACUCUACACAUUAUAAAUCAUUACAUGGUAUAAUAUUUUCUAGCACUUUGAGUGAGUUUGGUAGAACGGCAAAGGUAGAAGAAGCAAAAUAUGAGAAUCUAUUUUAUACUGUGUUUUAGUGUUAACCAAAAUUGUAAAGAAACCUUUGCGCAUCUAACCUGCGCAAGAAAAGAACAAACUAUUCCAAUGUUUUGCUUCUCUUACAGUUCUACCAAGGACAGGUAUAUAUAGUUAAUGAGUUUUAUAUGUUGAUGCUCAGGACCCACCGACUACAAUUAGAUUGCUUUCAGUCACGCAUCAUCUCUGAUGGUUCUUUAAAAGAAAGUUCUCUCUCUAUUUUCUUUUCAGUUUAAUUAUUCUUAAAUGAUCUAUAAUAAUUUAAUUAUAUUCAAGUAACUUUAAAAUUUAACAAAAUCACUUAAAUUUUAAAUUUUUAGUUAGUCCAAAAAUCUUUAUCUUUUUAUGUCAUUGGUUCAGAUUAUUAUCGUCACUUUAAAGAAAUAGCAUAUAACAUUUGCAUUAUUUAUAUUAUUAGAACCCAUUCGUAAAGAAAUUAAAAUACAGGCCGAAUAAAACUUGCGCGAAUACGCAAAAAAGAACAAAAAUAACAUUUACAAAAGAAAAAUUAGAAGAAGAAAAAUUUAGAAAAAUAAUAGUGCGCGUUCUUCAAUUUUUAGGGCGUAUUUUAACCAGACUUUUUUUCAAUGAGCAGAAAUGGAGAAGUUGCGGUCGUUCUAUUCUCUUCAGAAAGCAUUAACAAAAAUGGCAAAGUAGUAUAGCGAUUCUAAACAUGGCGCGUGAAAUCUCUCUCUCUCUCUCUCUUUCUCUCUCUCUUUUCACGGGUGUCAGACAUGGAACACAAACGCGGAGCCUUGAGGAAAGCAGAAUCUUCGAUUAGACCAGUAAGAUAAUAAGAUUUUACUGCUGUGCUGUAAGAGAUAUAAAAGAAAAUGCAGCAGUAUGCAGUUUUCAGAAAAAAUAUGUAAAAAAUCAAUUUAUAUACGCAAAAAAUUAGUUUUUAUAUGAAAAAUAGUUUCUCAAAAUCAUAAACUUGAUCCAUUCCAUUCUAAGCUCUUUAUAAAAGGUACUAUUACUUCUUCGUGUAUUUAAAAAAUUUGGAUCUUUUUCGAAAAAAUUUAAUUAUUUCAUUUAUCCUUACUCUUUAUUAGUGACAAAAUUUAAAUUAAAUUUGAUUAAUUUAAAUUGAGUAGAAUUUUUAUUACUUUCGUAAUUCGAAUUAUUUAAUUUUGCAAUUUGUAAAUCUCGAUAUUAAAUAUCCCAAUUACGUUUAAAUUAAAAAUCUAUCAAAUAAGUCCCCCUUUAAAAUUCGCAAAAAAAAUUCAUGUUUUCCAUGUCUGAAUGCCUUUGAGACUUUUUCUCCAAAAUUAGGCGCCAUUUUGAACACCUCGACAUCAGGCUUUGUGGCGCAUCGAUCCGUCCCUGAGUACCCUCACCCAAACAAAGCCGGAGGGAGCACCAGGGAGCAGCCGGAGCACCUCCGUUACAACAAAUGGCGGGUACCGUCGUAAGUACCUGCUCCCCCACCCUGUGUCUCGUCCAUGGUGGGAAAAAGUCCGUCACACACCGGCACAUAUCUCCGGCGUGACGGUGAUUGCCACACAGUCGCACACCGAGGUCCGACUCGCGAGGGAAGCUCGGGGAAGAACCGAAACGGCUGGUGAUUUUCCCGGCGCGUCGCGGCAAAGGCGCGCGUCCCUCGGUCCCACCUUAAUUUUUCCUUUUGCAAUCCGAAGAGCGGGGACCCUUAUGCGCGACGGUCCCCGAUCCCCCUGUACCGUACCGUACCGUACCGUACCGUACCGUGUCGUUCCGUUCGCGGGGAACGGCACUCGCUCGCGCGCCCGAAAGAGAGAGAGAAGUCGCCGCCCGUCCGUCCGUCCGUUCGCUCAUUCGUGUUCGUUUGCGAGCGAUCCAUCUCGAUGUAACGAUACAUCGAAGGUAUCGGAAGUGCAGUUUCGAAGGAUCGUACAGUGGAUCGUAAUGUGAGUGAAGUUUUGAAGGGAGAAGGAUAGAGAGAGAGAGGGAGAGAGAGGAAACAGCAACGACGUGUUCGGAGGUGUCGUUGACGUUUGGUGUGUCAGUGUCCUCUCUCGGGCUCUCUCGCGCUUGCCGCGUUGAUCUCCGUCUCCCUCUUUCUCUCUCCCGCGAAGGAGCGUGACUCCCGAGGGGAGUCUCAAGUACUCCGCGAGAGUACUCGGAAACUAUACAGUGAUUAUAUAUUGCUGAUGAAUAAUUUAUACCGCACUUCUAAAAUCCAAAAAUACUGUUGGUACUAUCCUGCUCGGAUCCCUGCAGCUGUCCCUUUUCUUCUUAGCGUGACAUAGGAUAUCCCAAUCCGACCACUAUAAUCCUAUGUCCCUAGAGAUCACUAUAUAUAUCGUUCGCUCUAUUCGUAUAAUUGCCCUUCUUUUCUAGAGCUCGGCGAAUAUGUUGACAACUAUAAUCCAAAUGUGAUAUAUGGAAUCUCAGGAGUCACUCAACUAUUAUUAUUGUAGAGUGUUUCUUUUCUUACAAAUCUCUAUAUUACGGCAAAUACCAUAUAGAACAUAAAUGUAAUGUCAUAUUGUAUAUGCAUGUGUAAUAUUUAUGUUAUAUGUUCAGUAUUUGGUGUAUAUACUCAAUCCGAUUUCUAUAGUUGAUAUCAUAGUCUCUAUUCAACUAUUGUUUCAACUAUAAUUCCUUAUCAUAUAGUUAUUGUUAUAGUUCCUUUAACAUAUAGUUUAACAUUUUGGGCCUAAAAUAUUAUAUAAAUAAUUAAAUAAUAAUAGUUGAGCGACAACUGCUCCUAAGAUUCUAAAGUAUCAUUUAAAUCAUAUUGUUAACAUAUUUACCAAACUCUCCUAUAAAAAAUUUUAUGAAAUACUAUUGGUCUUUCUCUAAGUUUCUUAACCAAAGUUUUAUUAAAUUAUUUUCUCAAAUUGUAUGGCUAAAAUAUUCUUAAAGAAGUUUUUUUCUAUAAUGUCACAAUAGCGCAUCUGUUUCUCCAUAUGUUUACCCAUAUUUUCCAUAUUUCAUCCCUCCUUCUCGCUUCGUUACCUUCACAAGAAUGUAGCAAAUUCAAACACAUAUGUCCCCAUAUAAUUUUAUACCUUUUUCCCUUCUUUCUCCUCUUUUCUUCUUCUUUAUCGCCUCGAGACAAUUCCAAAUCCGCACAAUCGUCUUUCCUUUCUUUCCUUUCUCUUUAUUUUCUCCUCAAAAGUGACAUUUUGUCUCAGAAGAGGAGGAAAAUCGUAAAAGAAGAAGAAGAAACUCCUCGGCGUCGUGCGGCACGAUGCCGGAUGACAGAUCAGCUGGCCCGGAGCGGCUAUCACAGGUAGAGUCCCUCGGGAACUUUCCCAUUUCGAGGGGAGGCCUCGGCGCAGAAUGACGAGCGUCGUCGGCUCGUGUUGCUGCUGCUGCUGCUGCUGCUGUCGGAAGCGAAGCCGCGAAGAGGAGCAACGAACAGCUCAGCGACGAAGACGACGACGACGACGAGCGACGAGUUUGGGUCCCUCUAGCGUCAGCGGGGGGCUAUGAGCGCUGACAAUGGGGACGAAUCCUUGCCCACGUGGCGUUUAUGGGGCGAGGAAAGGGGCGACGGCGUUAUAUACACGGUAUACCUAAAAAAGGUCCGAUACCACCGGCCCACGAGAAGCCUCUCGGCAUCGGAUUCCGACGACGAGAUCUCGCACCUGGAAUGGGAGACGGUGAGGGUGCGCUUCCUGAAGGCCGGCACGGUGCAGCGGCUGGUCGAGAGCCUGGCGAACGACGACGGCGAACUGGAGUCCACCUACAUAAACAUCUUCCUGGCGACGUACCGGGCGUUCACGAGCCCGCGUGAGGUACUCGAGCUGCUGCUCGCGCGAUACGACGCCCUCGACGGGAGCGCCGGCUGCGAGCAGCACCGCAAGACCCUCGUCCAAGCUCUGCACGUCUGGCUGGACACCUACCCGGGCGACUGGAAGUCACCCCCCAAUUACCCGCUGCUCACCAGGCUCCUCGAGUUCACGCAGCAGCACCUCCUCGGCACUGAGCUCGAGCUUAAGGCCAAGCACCGGCUGCACCGGUUCCAACGGGAGGAUCAGAUAGAUUCCUGCAUGGUGUAUGACAAUGGUCGAGUACCCAUGCGCGGUUCCCCGGAUCCGAUGGCGGAUCACUGGGGGAACUACAUCUUCCCCGAGGUGCCCCACCGUCACUUCGCCGAGCAGCUGACCCGGAUGGACGCCGAAGUGUUCAAGAAGCUGGUCGCGCAUCAGUGCCUCGGCGCCGUGUGGUCCCGGAAGGAUCGCUCCAGGAAUCACGAGGCCGCAACGGUGGUGGCGACCGUGAAUCAAUUCAACGCCGUCUCCCUGCGUGUGAUCUCGACGAUUCUGACGGACACGACGCUCAAGUCACAGGAGCGCGCCAAGGUCCUCGAGACGUGGAUCGACGUCGCGCAGGAGUUGCGGGUGCUUAAGAACUUCAGCAGCCUGAAGGCGAUCGUCUCCGGCCUCCAAAGCAAUCCGGUGUACCGGCUGGAGAAGUGCUGGCAGUGCAUGCCCCGUGAGAAGCACGAGCUCUUCCGCGAGCUCGAGAGGAUAUUCUCGGAGGAGAACAACGCCUGGACGCAAAGAGAGCUACUUAUCAAGGAGGGCACCGCCAAGUUCGCCGAUACCGCCGGCAGAAGCGAUAGGCAUCUGCAGAAGCUCUUUCAAAAGCAGAAUACUAACGCGGGUAACAUCAGCUACGGCACGAUACCGUACUUAGGUACCUUCCUGACUGACCUCACCAUGAUCGACACGGCGAUACCGGACACGAUAGCCGACGGUCUCAUCAACUUCGACAAGAGGCGGAAGGAGUUCGAGGUGCUCGCCAGGAUAAGGCUUCUGCAGGGCGCGGCGAACGCGUACAAAUUCAGCAUGGACCCCGUGUUCGAUCGUUGGUUCCACUCGGUGGUGAUACUGGACGAUCGGGAAGCGUACAAACUCAGCUGCCAGAUCGAGCCACCACCGGGGAACACUCUCAACAACCGCGGCAAAAAGAAACAGGGUCAUCAGGGCCACCGGAAGAAUGAUUCGAUCGCCUCUACAUCCAGCUCGAGCAGCUCGCAGUUUUACUGCGACCUCGACUCCCUUCCGAGCUCGCCGCACAACUCGCUGGACCGGCGAACGUCACCGUCGCAGAUGUCCAGCUCGUCGUCGAGCUCGUCCCUGCCGUCCCUGGACGUGUCCCUGAGCUCCGGCGGUGGUGGCAGCCAUCAGACUCGUCUGGCACCCCCGGCGGGGGCCGUGGCGGCCAACGGCAGCACUCCCAAUCUCGCCGGGCUGUCCAGUCCCAGUCACUCGCACAAGAGCUCGCCCGACUUCUACAUCAUCAAAGUCACCAUGGAGACGGACAACGUCGAGACGGAGGGCGUGGUGCUGUACAAGUCGAUAAUGCUGUCGAACAACGAGCGAACGCCGCAGGUUAUCCGGAACGCCAUGCUGAAGCUCGGCCUCGAGGGCAGCCCCGACCAGUACACCCUGGCCCAGGUGUUACCCGAUCGGGAGAUGGUGCUGCCCAAUUCGGCCAACGUCUACUACGCUGUAAAUACCGCGCACAAUCUCAAUUUCAUACUGAGACAGAGGAGGGAGCCCAACGACGCGAUCUCGGACAGUCCCAGGAGCAAGGGCAGCGGUCACAAUCACAAAAGGUAGUCCUGCCGACGCCGCCGUGCGGGAGAAGAAGAUUUUCGAGAUCCGCCGACGUAAGCGGCGCGCACUUUCUCGGACGGUUACACGAACUUCAGAACGUGAAAUUGAAGUGCCGAGCGGGCACUCCCGAUGAACGAGAGCGAAGUGGAGUCGAUCGGUGUGAUUGCGAUAAGAGAUUAACGUGCGCGAUAUUGUGGCGUACGUCAGCGACCCUCGCCAGAGCCAGACGCGUUAAGCUGCAAUAUCACGCCAAAUUUAUUAUUAACAUUUCAUAUUACAAUAUAUCGAUAUCGACGGUGUCUUAGCUGAUACCAUCAAUAAUAAUUGGUAAUGUUAAUGUUACUGAUUAGCAUUAUUGAUAUAUCACUGCUGGUUACUAAUGUUAACAGUAUUAAUUAUAAUAAUGACGCAAUAAUACAUAUCAGAGUGUUGCAGCUUAAUAUUCGGUUCACCAUUAAGAUAUUCCAUUGUAAAAAGCGACUACUUAUUUAAUGAUUGUAUACAAACGUUCAUUCGCGAAGGAGCGACGAUUAGAGUAUCAGGCACAUCACGAUUACCCCGCGCAUUCUCUCCUACUCUCUGUCGCGAAUCGAAGAGCAAGGAGGGCGAAUCUCGCGUUAAUUAAUUAGUUUGUUAAGAUAAUUUACCAUGACAACCCCGGCCGGCCCCGUCUGUUCUCUUUUCGACGAAAACAAGCGAGCGAGCCGAGGUAUGAUGAUUAAGCGCGGUCACUCGUACGACCGGAAGUGCGUAGACCAGCGCGCGACAUACAAUCGCACACGAACACACGCGCACGAAUGUACACACAUGCACACACGCACGUACGAAUGGUAUAUGUACGGCUCGAUAGCUUCAAACGGAGAGCUCGGCGACCGACGUUAGAGUUACGCAAGAGAGCACACCGAGCGAGCUGUUCUAGGCGCAGCGUUUAGCGUGAGUCACACACGCGAGGUUCUUAUCGAUGUGCCGUCGCCGAAUGACGCAAACGAGCGCGAGGUGCCCGUAUUCCGCUCAGGCACGGCCGUUAAAGUGUCUCCAGCGUGUUAAAGGGAGCGCGCGUGCGAGGCCGCUUUGCCUAAUCCGCUCCGUUAAGGAAGAAAGGGCGUAGAGAUCGUUGAUGCGACAAGGAUAAUUGGGUAUUUACGAACGUCGCUCCCUUUCCUGCAUUUCGGUGAGAAACACCCCCAACGUUCCCAACGCCGAGCGCAAAGUCGGUCGAGCCUGAUAUUGCAAGAAAUAAUAAUUGUACUACGCUCAUAAGAGAAGCGUUUAAUUUUAAGUUUUAUAUUUAAAUUACUUCUGUUUCGUUCUUUUUUAAUACUUAAAAAUGUUUUUUUUUUUUAGCUCGAACGACGUUCAGAUUUAGAAGAUUAAUCCAUUUCUACAAUGUAGAUCACGUUGUGAUUUCAAUAAUUUCUUUUUUAUCUUCUAUAGUUUUAUGAAUUGAAGAGAGAUAAAAAAAAAAUAGGUUGAACUCAAAUUAAAGUCAGUGUUCUAAAUCUGAGUAUCAUUUAGAACUAAAAUGUUUAUAAGUAUUUAAGAAAACGAAGUCAGAAACGAAACAUGUCAAUAUUCCAAAAUUAAUCGCUUCUUUUGUGAAUGUAAUUAUAUUAAUAGUAUUCAAAUGAAGUUCAGAUUUUUACUUUCUCUCGCUGUCACGAGGGAGCCGUUACUUUUUUUUUAUGUACUCUUCUGUCGCGACUGAUACUAUGCUUGACGAUAAUUAUGAAAUGAAAGUCAUGUCGAAACAACGAGGAUUUUUCUCUGCUGCCGCGAGGCAAGGCAAACCACGUCGAGCUGCACUAAACGUGCAGCAGGGAGUUUACGGGCAUCGUUUACGACGGCACCUCUUCGCGUGUGCGCGUACAUGUACAAUAAACGACACAUAUUUUUUUCGCGGACGUUAACGAGAUUAUAGAGAAGUAGCGGGACACAAGCGACUCGAGUCGAUUGUGAUUUUUUUUUUGUAAAUAAUUGUAAUCGUGCGUAUCGCAAGUAGAAAAACUCGACCAAGCGGGGGAGAAUUCCCCUCGCGCGAGGGAGGGAGGCGGUGCCCCGCCGGAAACUCGUCAAUUAUAUCAUCACUGUUCCCUCUCUCGUUUACUCCGGCAAGCGGGAUCCGAGAUUAGAAACUGCCACGUCGAUAUUCGUCCUUCAAAAUCUCCUCGCGAAUUCGUUUAAAAUGAAUGAUGUCGCGAAGACAAGGAAAAAUUCUGUGAUAAAGGAAUCUCUUUCCUAUUUCUCUCUCUCUCUCUCUCUCUCUCUUUCUCUCUCUCUCUCUCCCUCUCUCUCCCUAUCUCUUUUUUCUUCUCGACUCGCCGCGCACAAAACGGAGGACGAAUUUCGAUCCGCGACAAGCCCACCCUUUUUCCGAUAUAUCGUUUCGCACGAGAGGCCGAGGGAAAAGUUUCAGUAAGCUUCACGAGAUAUCUGUGCGGUUUUAUCGCCGCGCCAUAUAGUCGCCGAUAGGAUAGAAACGAACGGCCCGAACUACCCUCGAUAAUCGGACAGGUCUAUAAUUUUCCGUCGUUAUGGAAAAGCCGGGAAAGAUAUCACGAGAUAUUUACCGAGGUUAACCAUGUUUACCGAGGCGAAACACAAAAUCAUAAAACAGAACUGAUAGAUCCGUAAUAUUAUAGUCAGACUCCCUUCUGCUUAUAUAAAGAAACUAUGGAAAUGUAUCAUAAAGUGAUAUUAUUACUUUGAUAUUAUUUCAAUGGGGAGAAUAAUAAAAUUAUCAUUUACUUUUUCCCCCUGACGUUAGAAUUGGCGUAAGAAACGUUAACGGGUUUCUUGUAAUUGCAAUAUAAUUGGUUUUUCUUGGAAGCAUUAUCUUAAAAAUAAUUUGCUCUCUUAAAUAUAUGUAAGUAAAAAUUAAGAAUUAUCUCGAUGGAAAACGAAGGAAUUUUUUAAUGGCGUCUUUUGAAGAUAAAAUUUAGUUGGAUUUAUACUUUUAACGAAUUAACGAUUGAGCGUUCGAAGAAACGUCAAAAGUCCACAGGUACACACGUUUAACUCAAUUUUGUUAACGGAACAAUAGCGUUAAUAAUGAUUAUCGAGUAAUUAAAUGAAAAUAUACUGGAAUUAUAUCUAUUAUCCGAUUUGUCCCGAGACCGAACAGUUUCGCGAUAAAGAAUUUCGAUUAAAUUCCGGAAAUCCGAAAGGAAGCGCGGACCAAGUUUUUUUUCAGGCGGUCGUGAGGGAGACUCGCCUGGAUGUCAAUCGAUACUCCAUUAGUAAAGCGAGCGCUAAAUAAUGGACGACUCAUUCGUCGUCGGAGUGAUAUAAAAAAGGUGGGCUUGUCCGAUUUUUUUUUCGCCGGCGAACCUCGAUCGUCGGAAUCGAAACCCACGCGUUGCUUAUCAACUUAAUUAAUCGAGAGAGAGAGAGCCAUAUUCCAACCAAUCCCGUCACGUUCGGUUUUUAUUCUCCAUUCCGCGUUGGUACAUUUCUUUGUCCACCGGAUAAGCUUCGCGAUAAACUUCCGGCAAACUCUCGCGCGUCCGAAGGGGAAGGAAAAAGGGCACGAGGAAGUAAACCGUGGUCGAGCACACUCGGACAAUUAUCGUUUAAGUUUCGAAAGUUUAGAAUAAGGUAUCCCCCUCCCCCUCCCCCCUUUUCCCUUUAAAGAGAAACGUUAGUCUUACACGAUUUUUGUACUUAUCUUCCCGUCGAUCUUUCCCUCCUCCUCUUCCCCUCCUCUCCUCCCCUAUUCCACCGUUUGCUUGUCUAACUAGCUGUGUUUGUCUCCUCACGUGUAUACCAAGUAUGUGUAGACGGCCUCGGAAGAAUUAGCGAGACCGCCGACGAGGAGCGAAACUGUAUGUGUAGUACGACCUGACAAAAGUGAGAAUAGAUGGCCUACACUUUUA